GUGAUCGUGUCGGAGUUGAGCGCGGCCCCAGCGGGCCCCAGCCAGGGCCCGCAGAAAACCCUCCGCGUGGGCUUCUACGACGUGGAACGUACCCUGGGCAAAGGCAAUUUCGCGGUGGUGAAGCUGGCCCGGCAUCGAGUCACCAAAACACAGGUUGCAAUAAAAAUAAUUGAUAAAACACGAUUAGAUCCAAGCAAUUUGGAGAAAAUCUACCGCGAAGUCCAGCUGAUGAAGCUUCUCAACCACCCCAAUAUCAUCAGGCUGUACCAGGUUAUGGAGACAAAGGAUAUGCUUUACAUCGUCACUGAAUUUGCGAAGAACGGAGAAAUGUUCGAUUACCUGACUGCCAACGGGCACUUGAGCGAGCACGAGGCGCGGAAGAAGUUCCGGCAGAUCCUGUCUGCCGUGGAGUACUGCCACAGCCACCACAUCGUGCACCGGGACCUCAAGACGGAGAACCUGCUGCUGGACGGCAACAUGGACGUCAAGCUGGCAGAUUUUGGAUUUGGGAAUUUCUACAAGCCUGGAGAGCCUCUGUCGACGUGGUGUGGGAGCCCCCCAUAUGCAGCCCCCGAAGUCUUUGAGGGGAAGGAGUAUGAAGGCCCCCAGCUGGACAUCUGGAGCCUCGGUGUCGUGCUGUACGUCCUCGUGUGCGGCUCUCUCCCUUUCGAUGGACCCAACCUGCCGACGCUGAGGCAGCGGGUGCUGGAGGGCCGGUUCCGCAUCCCCUUCUUCAUGUCUCAAGACUGCGAGAUGCUGAUCCGCCGAAUGCUGGUGGUGGACCCCGCCAAGCGCAUCAGCAUUGCCCAGAUCUGGCAGCACCGCUGGAUGCAGGCCGACCCCGCCCUCCUGCGCCAGGCCGACCCCACCCUCUCCGUGCUCAGCUAUACCUCCAACCUGGGCGACUACAACGAGCAGGCACUGGGCAUCAUGCAGGCCCUGGGCAUUGACCGGCAGAGGACCGUGGAGUCACUGCAGAACAGCUGCUAUAACCACUUCGCCGCCAUCUACUACCUCCUGCUUGAGCGCCUCAAGGAGCAUCGGGGUGCGCAGCCACUGGCCCGGCCCAUCCCCACCCGGCAGCCCCGGCCCCGAAGCUUGGACCUUGGCGGUCUGGAGAUGCCUCAGGAAGGACUCCCUGGCGACCCUUUCCGGUCCUCCCUGCUGUGCCCACAGCCCCAGGCCUUGGCACAGUCUGUCCUGCAGGCUGAGAUGGACUGCGACCUCCACAGCUCGCUACAGCCCUUGUUCCUCCCGCCGGACGCCAACUGCAAUGGCAUAUUCCCGCACCGCUCCAUCUCCCCCAGCACCCUGCUAGACACGGCCAUCAGCGAGGAGGCCAGGCCGGGGCCCUGCCUGGAGGAGGAGCCAGAGGCCCAGGAGCCCCUGCGUGGCACCACAGGGCGCAGGCACACGCUGGCCGAGGUCUCCACCCACUUCUCUCCGCUCACCCCUCCCUGUAUCGUCGUGUCCUCCUCUGCUGCAGCGGGCACCUCGGAAGGGACCAGCUCCGACAGCUGUCUGACCUUCUCCACAGGCGAAGGCCUUGCCGGGCUCGGCAGCAGCCUGGCCACCCAGGGGCUGCUGGGCACCUGCUCCCCAGCCAGACUGGCCUCGCCUUUCCUGGGGGCACAGUCAGCCACCCCUGUGCUGCAGGCCCAGGGGGGCCUCGGUGGAGCUGUCCUGCUCCCUGUCAGCUUCCAGGAGGGACGGAGGGCAUCGGACACCUCGCUGACUCAAGGGCUGAAGACCUUCCGGCAGCAGCUGCGGAAGGACGCACGGACCAAGGGGUUCCUGGGGCUCAACAAGAUCAAGGGGCUGGCGCGCCAGAUGUGCCAGGCAUCCUCUAGCCGAGUGUCCAGGGCCGGUCUGAGUGCCUUCCACACUCCUGCCCCGAGCCCCAGCCUGCAGGGUGCAGGCUCCGGUGGCCGUGAGAGCAGAGGCCUGCUGGAGGAGGUGCUGCACCAGCAGAGGCUGCUCCAGUUGCAGCACCAGCCAGCCGCCCCUCCCAGCUUCCUGCAGACUGGCGCGUCCCCUGUGAUGUCGGCCGCGCGGCUCCUGGACACCCACCUGCACAUCAGCACCAGCCCCGAGCCCCUCCCCACUGGGGCCCUGGCGCCCUGCUUCACCAGGCUGGUCCCGGGCUGCGACCCCACUGCACGGCUGCAAGGGGACUGCGAGAUGGAGGACUUCACCUCUGGCCAGCAGGGGACGUUCGUCCUGGUGCAGUGAGGAUGGUCCCGCUGCAUCUGCCUGGCUUUUCCAAGCAAUAAUUUCAGAGUAUGUGAAGUGUUUUUGGACUCAAAGCCAAGAACUUUUCUAGAAGCAAAACAAGCAAUACGUUAGGUGUAUGGGCUUUUAGUUCAUUUUUUGUUUUACUUUUUUCCUUGCACUGAAUGACCUCAACUCCGAGUAGGGACUGGAAACUGAAGAAAAAUAAUCGAGGGUGUGUUGUGCAGGUGGGGGGUGGGGGAGCGGGAUGAGGGAAGACCGCUGGCUGCGGGGCCGGCAGGGCAGGGGCCUGGGCCCUCUGUCCACAGCUGUGUCUGGAGGUGACGGCCCUGACCAUCCCUGGAAGGUCCCGAGCAGCCACGUGUGUGCGUGCGUGGCUCAGUAUCCUUUGGUUUUAGUUGAUGGUUCUCCACUUCCGGAAUUUAUGCUUCAACGGAAACUGUGAACUUGCUGCUUCGUGUGUGGGUUGGCACAGCCCCAGGGCCGCCCGGGAAGGGGACUCGGGACGUUGGCUCGGAGGGUAGUCUUCUCGCUUGAGUGGGGAGCUGAGUGCACUCCUCAGGAGUCCGUUUUCCAGCACUGUUGGGAGGAACUGCAGGGAGGACUUGGGGCGGGGGCCACGGCCGAGGGCUCUGUCCCAGGGCACUUGGCCCAGAGCCCCUGGCACCUCCAGGAAGCCAAGAGCUUUCUUCUUGCUGCGCAUCUCGUUUCCGCUGCUAAUCACUGAGUUUUUAUGCAUUUCAUUAUCAGGGUCCAAUCACAACACCUGACCUGGGGGAAACGGUGCAGUGUCCCAGGGCUGUGACAGACUCCCCGUCCUGGUGACACAGCCCCGGCACCCAGGCCCACACUCUGGGCGUCUGGCUUUCAUUCAAGGAAGAUGCGGUGGGAAGCUUAGGUCAGUGUUUUUAGAGCUGUGUCUCUUUUUUUUUUUUUUUUUUAAGCAAAUACUGUAUAUUUAUAUAAAUAGGAGACCAUAGACACUACUUAUUUUUUAUAUUUUUUACUACACUUUUGUGUUCCUGGUUAAAACCUCCCUCUUGGUCACCCUGGGUUAGUGUCCCUGCAGCACCGGGUUUGCUGAGGAAGGGGCCACAGCCACCCCUCAGCACUGGCGGGGACGCUGGGCAGGGGCGGCCAAACCUCAGUGGGACAGAGGCCACCACCAUGUCCCAACUGCCGCAAGGCACGUGCCCGUCCCCUCCUCGCCCAGGUGCCUUUGCUUCCCGUGGCUCUCGCAGCCCAAAGUAUUGCACAGGGGCCACCAAGAAAGGGGCAAAAGAGGGACUUUUCCAAAGCCAAAGAUUGACAGAGUUACCUGAGGGCAGGAAGGAGGCCCACACGUGUUGGUGUCGCAGUGUGGCCCCCGCCCGCUGGCCACCUGUGGCCUCUGCACAUGUGCUGAGCUCCAUGUGUUGCUGCGGUGCUCUGUGGCUGCUUAGGGACGGGUGAAGGACCAUCCUGCAGAGGGUGGACCUGGCACCCGGCCACAGAGAAAACACCAAAAUCCCCUGCCUGCCACCUCCGGACGCCGCUGGCCGCCACCUGCCUUUACCUGCAGGAAGCAGCUGACCUUCCCGCUCGUGUGAUCAAAGGCCUCGCGCCACCCGUGUUUCUCUCUGAAGCAGCGACAAGCACUUUACUUUCCAAGCGGUUUUGUUUUUCCUUAGCACUGUAGACCUCUUUGAGAGGACGGGAAAGUGUGUUUUUGUUUCUCAUCUUUUUAGGUGUGUGCAGUGUUUUGUAGAUUUCCCGACAGCGCUGUACUGCAGACUCCUGCGGUAGCCUAUUUAAAGACACUACGUGAUCUGGUUGAGAUGUAUAUAAAUUUUUUUUACCAUAACAACUGUUUCGUUUCUUAUGUUAACGUGAGAGAUGUAUGCCAAAUGAUCAGCUGAUGUAUGUUUUUUUAAUUUAAUAUUUAAAUAAAAUAUUUGGGGG